AUGGCGCAGCCCCUGCUCCGCAAGACUUUCUCCCGGCUGCGCCGCAAGGAGAGCCGCGGCUGCCCGAAGGCGCGGCGGCGCAAGGAGCGAGAUUGUCCUUUGGAGUCCCCCGGUGCCUCGGAGUCCCUCACCGCAUCUCUCCCAUCGGACGACGGAGGCAGGAAAGCUCCCGCUGUGACUGUGUCCCAGAAGCAAAACUGGGCCAAGUUCGAGUCGGGAGUCCGGGAGGAUUCCUACAGCACGAAGCCUGGCUUCUCACGUCUGCCGCAGGGACUGGUGGUGCAGGAUGGGAUGCCGUCUCCGGAGAGCCUUCCCUUCCCUGGCGUGGCGGCCGCUGGGCCCGAGGAGGCCGCUGAGACUCUGACGGGCCCUGUGGAGGGUUGCGGCUCCACCGUCAGCGUCAAGUGCAGCAGCCGGGGUGCUUACUUGCAGAGCCUGGAGAGGAGCAGCCGGGAGUGGGUGCUCUCCUCGGGGAAAGCCCCGGGGGCGGAGGAGCCAGCCGCCGGCUCCAGCCCCGAGCUCAAGGAAUCCAUGGCGGUCUGCAGUAGCGAGGGGGAGAUCUGGUACAACCCCAUCCCGGAGGAUGAGGACCUGCGGCCCCCCUGUCCCGGAAGGACAAAGGGCAGCGGGGCAGGGAACAAGGAGGCCAGGCACAAGAAGCCCAGAGAGGCCGAAGGUGGGCAGGAGCGGGCCUCUGCUGGGGGCUCACCGCCAUCCUCGCCAGGCCGACAGAAGCCAGCGACGCCCGCUGAGGAGUCGAGUGGUCAUCAGCACCAGGCCUGUGGAAAGGUGCCAAUCGCAAGUGCGGGUCCUGAAGAUACGGCAACGGGCCCCGUGUCGAUGGGCCAGAGCCCGAGUGCCCACAAGAAGGAUCAUCCCCUCAGCAAGACAAAGUCCUCGGGGCCAGUACGCACCCUCUCGAUGAAGAUGAAGAAGCUGCCGGAGCUGAGGCGAAGGCUCAGUCUGCGCAGCUUCCGUCCCCGGGGGCAGGAGGCCGAGGGGAGCUCAUCCCCCAAGGAGUCGCGCAACGUCAUCAGCCGCUACCACCUGGACAGCAGUGUGGCUUCUCGGCAUCACCCGAGCCAAGGGGACGGCUUGAGCGAUGGCGAUUCCCCGGAGCUCCCGGCCAAGACGGACGCACGCUUGGGCCUUGAAGGCGUCUCCUUCCAGCCAUACAGAUUUGCAGAGCGUCCCGGUUGUCCGCCGCAUCUCUCCGGCCUGGUCAGCAUCCACCUGCUGGGGGUGCAGGAUUUUCGGCCCCCCAGAGCUGAAGCCAAGGAGGUCUUCUGUGCCCUCCAGGUGGACUCUGUCCACAAGGCCCGCACGGCUCUGCUCCCAUGCCGGACGGCCUUCCUCAGCCUCAACCAUUCUUUCCAGCUGGAACUCGAAGACGCCCGCCUCCUCAAAAUCGUGGUCUUCUCCUGCGGUCCUGCAGCGCAGAGGAACCGUGUCUGCUGCUGUGGCACCAUCCUUCUUCCCCACGUUUUUCAAGGCUCCAGGUCUCAGCAGCUGGCCGUGCAGCUACAGCCGCGGGGACUCCUCUAUCUCAAGCUCACCCUCCUGGAUCAGCGGGAGCUGGCCAGCAGCGCUCGAGAGCCACAAGUCUUUGGGGUCAAGCUGAGCCAGCUGGUGGAGAGGGAGAGGGCCGCCGUCAGAGUGCCGCUGCUGAUACAGAAGUGCGUGGAUCAGAUCGAGAAACGAGGACUGAAGGUUGUGGGUCUGUAUCGCUUGUGUGGCUCCGCGGUGGUGAAGAAGGAGCUCUCCCAUACCGGCAUCCUGAAAGACUAUUUGCGUGAGCUGCCCACGCCCCUCAUCACCAGCCAUCUCUACCAGGUGGUACUAGAGGCUAUGUCGAAUCGGGCAGCAGGCCAAGAUGUCGAGGAGACGACGGGGCUUUUGGAUUGCUUGCCAGAGGCUGAGAAGGCAACCCUGCGGCUGCUGCUGGACCACCUCAGCUUGGUCGCUGCCUUUUACGACUUCAACCGCAUGAACGCCCAGAACCUGGCUGUGUGCUUCGGGCCCGUCCUGCUCAGCCAGGGACCCGGGAGGACCGGGGACCACAGCCUCGACUCCCAGCAGCACUUGACCGCUUCCAGCACCGUGGACUUCAAGCACCACAUCGAAGUGCUGCAUUACCUGUUGCAGGCCUGGCCGGCUCAGCGCAGGAUGGCGGAAGCAGACGAGCACAUCCUGCCCAGCGAGCGUGCCCCGUGCCCCCUUUCUCUGGACCUGCCACGGCAGCGGCCCGCCGUAGUGGUUCGGAGCCAUUCGAGAGGCCCGGAAAGUCCUCCCAGUAACCGCUACGCCGGGGAUUGGAGCGUCUGUGGGCAGCAGCUAUUGCUGGAGCCCCCCCGGGGAAGCGGCGGCCCAGACGAGGCUGCCGGGAGCGAGAGCGACAAUGAGGACAACCAAGAGGUGGCCCCGAGAGACAGUCUGACGUGCCGGGGGCAGAGCAUCUUCCUGGACUCCUUUGCCUUGGUGGAAGACCCCGAAGCGGCCUUCAGCCCGAGGAUUAGUCUGAAGGAUUUCGAUGCCCUCCUGCUGGACCUGGACAAGGAGCUCUGCAAACAGAUCAACGUCUGCCUGUGACCCCCUUUUUCUCAGGACGUCAGAGUGGAACCCAGGAAACCUCCAUAUCUUUCGGUGUCUUGUGGAAGAACUUGGCCAAUGUAUGUUGGGAGCUCAUUGCUGACAGACAUAAAACUUCCAGUUAUAAAAGUCUCCGUUCUCUAAAGACCAAAGAAUUGUAUUGGAGCAGGAUAGGAAUGUGCCAAAGCCUCUCUAAAGGUCUUGUUCACUUGAAUAGUCUGGAAGGGGGGGGGAACAUUUAUAAAACUAGAACCAAUUUAGA